AUGUCUCUUUCAAACAAACUCGCCAUUACCGAUGUUGAUCUUAAGGACAAGCGUGUCUUAAUCCGAGUUGAUUUCAACGUCCCUCUCGAUGGCACCACCAUCACCAACAACCAGCGUAUUGUCGCUGCCCUGCCUACAAUUAAAUACGCCUCUGAGCAGGGCGCUAAGGCCAUCAUUUUGAUGUCCCACUUGGGCCGUCCUGAUGGCAAGCGUGUCGAGAAGUUCUCUUUGGCCCCUGUAGCACAGGAGUUGAAGAAGCUUUUGAACAAGGAUGUUACUUUUUUGAAUGACUGUGUUGGAAAGGAAGUCGAAGAAUAUGUUCAGAAGUCAAGCGGAGGCGAGAUUAUUCUUCUUGAGAACUUGCGUUACCACGCCGAGGAGGAAGGUUCCUCAAAAGGGCCUGACGGAAAGAAAGUUAAGGCUGACCCUGCGGCCGUCGAGGCUUUUCGCAAGUCGCUCACUUCUCUUGGGGAUAUUUACAUCAACGAUGCCUUCGGUACUGCCCACCGUGCACACAGCUCUAUGGUUGGUGUCGACCUUCCUCAGAAAGCUUCUGGUUUCCUCGUCAAGAAGGAGCUCGAAUACUUCGCCAAGGCUCUUGAGUCCCCUGAGCGCCCUUUCCUCGCCAUCCUUGGAGGGGCCAAGGUCUCUGAUAAGAUCCAGCUCAUUGACAACCUGAUUCCCAAACUGGAUAGCUUGAUCAUCUGUGGUGGUAUGGCUUUUACCUUCAAAAAAACCCUUGAGAACGUUGCAAUUGGUAACUCCCUCUACGACGAGGCUGGCUCCAAGACUGUCGGUGACAUCAUCGAGAAGGCAAAGAAGCACAACGUUAAGGUUGUCUUGCCUGUCGACUAUAUCACUGCCAACAAGUUUGCCAAGGAUGCCGAGACUGGAUAUGCCACUGAUGAACAGGGUAUUCCUGACGGCUGGAUGGGUCUGGACUGUGGAGAGAAGUCCCGCAAAUUGUUCAACGAGACCAUUGACGAGGCGAAGACCAUCCUUUGGAACGGACCUGCUGGCGUUUUCGAGUUCGAUGCUUUUGCAAAUGGCACCAAGGCUAUGCUAGAUGCUGCUGUCGACGCUGCCCAAUCUGGCAAGAUCGUUAUCAUUGGUGGUGGUGAUACUGCAACUGUUGCUGCCAAGUACGGUGUUGAGGACAAGUUGAGCCACGUCUCAACCGGCGGUGGAGCUUCUUUGGAACUUCUCGAAGGAAAGGAUCUUCCUGGUGUCUCCGCCCUCUCCAGUAAGUAA